CUUCCACCUUGGCACUAGACGAUCUCAAUGAAGAGUUUUUUUCCCCUCCAUUCUUCAGAGGCCUCUUCUCAGGGAAACCCUGCAGCCAACCUUGUAGAGCCUGGAAACCUCUUGUUUUGCAGCACUGAUGUGCUGGCACUCCUGGAGGGACAAGUCCAACAGAGAAGUGAUUUCCUAACGUUGAAGGAAAAGGAAAAGAAAAAGGGUUCUUUUCCAAAACGACUUAGGGGACACUACCAACUAAAUACUUCAGGGGAAAUGUUGGAGUCAAUUGCUGAUAAGCAUGACUCAGCAGUCUCCCUUCCUUUUUGAAGCAGCAAAGGGAUGGCAAAGGAGCUGCAUGUGAACCAGCAGCCCCCAUAUCCUAUGACCUCAGAGGACCAUUUACAGCAGAAACAUGUCCAGCUCUUCUGGGGUCUCCCAUCUCUGCACAGUGAGUCCUUGGCCCCUGCUGCCCAUGUUUCAGGUGACUGUUCCUCAAUCUUCAUUUUCAAUAGAAUCUUUAAUUUCUCCAUGGACCAAGAAACCCCAGUAUGCUCCCAUCCUCUACCUUUGUCCUUGCCUGAGAUCCAGCCUCAAGCCUUGCCUCAAACCCUGCCCCAGUCCAAGCCCCUACCUCUCAGUCAAGUCCAGUCCCAGGCCCACCUUCAAUCCCCACUCCCAAUCCUACCAUCUGGUCCUCUACCUGGGACCCAGACCUGUGGAGUGUGUUUCCAUAUACCCCAGAAUGAAUCAGAGUCUCUCAUCUCAUCUGAAAUUCAACAACUGGAGUGGAACAUGUUGCAGGAGCAACAGGAAAGUUUGUUGGGUUCAUCCUUUGUGGUCCAAAGAUCUCAGGAAGACUUUUGUCCUUCAGCUCCAAACUCUCUUUACCACCAGGCCUCCCAGGCCCAUGUUUCCAUCUCCACCCUUCCUGGAGAGUUUCCUCUCAGCGUUGAGCUUCAGAAGAAACUAGAGCAUCAUCUUCAAAAGAGGCUCAUCCAACACCACGGGGGCCUGCCCCGCAGGAUCCAUGAGUCUCUGUCACUGAUGAUGCCUCCGAGAGAUUUCUCACACACAGCUGAUUUGGAGAGCAACCAUGGACUCUCAUGGGUCUCUGUGAAUAAAAAUCUGAAUGUUGGAUUGAGCCAACCUGGAAGCUUCCAUGAGAGGGGCUCAGAAAUGCUUCAGCUAGAGAAGGAUGUGGGGAAGGAUCAGGGACAUAGCUCACAGAAUGGCCCAAAAUCUCAUCUGUUGAGUGAUCCAGAGAGCUCUUCAGAUAACGAUCUGGGCUAUGAAUCUGAGAAAAACCUAAAUAGUCACAUGGCAAGUCUGUCGGAAAAAAAAUCAAGGGCCUCAGGGGGCAGUCUAGGUCAGAAACAACUUGAAAGUGUCCUGAAAGUACAUUUGGGCAAGAAGUUUGAGGAAAUCAGUGAGGGUCGGCUCCCUGGGACUGUGCAUAGUUCAUGGCAUGCUGUCAAGCAGACACUGCUGCUUUCUGUGAAAUCUCACACCCAAGUAACACGGAGAAGUAUGCCACCAUUAGUGGGUGAGGACUCCUCCCUGAAUACCUUCCAGGACCUUUCCUUCAUUGAUUCCACUGCACAACAGGUGCUGGAAGCCCAUAUUAAAAAGUUUCAUAUGAGGAUGGAGUGGGGCCUUCCCCGCAGGGUCCUUGAAUCCAUAGAGAUCUUUAACGUGAAAGAUGCAGCAUCCCAGUCCUUGUCCCAUUCCCACCUUCCCUCCUCAACCAACCUGAUUCCUGAGGUGGACUCCAAAUCUGUGGGCUUCGAGCUCCUUAGAGGAAGCUCUAAUUCUCCUCAUGGAGAAGAAGUGGGAACAACAAAUUCAGCUCCUGUCCUGGAUCAUCUGCGCCCUGCCACCUCACCUGUGGGCAAGGAAGGACAGGGGACUCUGAGACAAUCACUCUCUGGUGUUAACCACGAGCUUGCAGAGGAUGUUCAGAGAAGUAAGGGUGCCAGACAGACUCUUCUGCCUGUCACACACGGCAUCACAGGCAAAAAAAGUCAGAGACAGACUCAACUAGGCAAGAGAUGCCCCCCAAGCCUGCCUGCAAAGCAACUGGGGACAGACAUGAGCCAAAGGAUAAGAGUGUGAUUUCCAGGGAUGGAGUAGAAAUGCAACAGGGCAAAAAGACGGAGAAGUCAGAAACUAUCUCUGUGCUCAAUGUGUCCAGGGAGAUAUUCAUGGCCGAGGAGCUCAAUGCUUUUCAAUCAAAAACUGCUGACAUCUUGACCACCAGCAAGCUGGGAAGCCCCCAAAAGGCAAAUGUGAAUGAGAGUAAAGUAGAAACUACUGUGACCGCUGAAAACCCCCCACCCAAAGACCAGUUCCCCAAGAUCCUAAAUCAUUAAACCUUAAAGAACAGUUACUUGGUGAGUUAAAGUUUAAACCAGAGAGGAGGGAGCAGAGCCAGGUCCAAGGCCAACCCACUGACAGGUCCCUUGCCUCAGAGAACUUGAUUACAAGGCCUCACUGACUCAUGCCCAGGGUGUCUACAGUGGGGACAUGGGAGCUUCCCAGGUGCUGCAUGUCCAUUUGGAGGACAGAGGAAUCAGCAUGGAGCAGCAGCAGGAGCCUUGAGGACCUAAGCAUGUCUUAGGGAGGUGCCAGGAUAAGAAUUUCCCACCAACUGCAAAGAGAGUGGCCUUCUGGGCCCCAAAGCAGAAGAGCUUGGUGGAGGGGAUGCAGGGUUGGGACAUCCCAACCUAGAACAAAGAGUUCCCUACUCAGGACAUGGCAUUAGAGGAGAAGCCUGGGAGCAAGUCUUCUCAGACCCCAUCACAGAAGGGAAGGCCUCCUCCUGAAAACCUUUUCAGAAAAAAAAGAAUCACUUUUUGCAAUGGCUUCAUCUCAGGAUAAAAUGCAAAAGGCAAGAGAGUUCCAGGAAAUGGGUAGCUGCAUUUCAUCUGUACAGAGCAGAGGCAUAGUUAAAAGGAGAGCUGCCCUUACUGGGAUGACCACAGCUCAGAAGACCAUGACAGUCCCUGGGAAGUUCCCAGAGCUGGAACUGGGGCGUCGGCAUGCAACAGACACCGCAUGCCCUCAAGAGCCCCUUCCCUCCCUGAGGAAGUUUGGGAAAACCCAGCAGAAGGCAGAAGUGCAGGCCCAGGCAGAGCCCAUCCAGGGGCAUCCUUCCAACUACAGGGUUCCUUGCUGUAAAGUGACAAACACCAAGUCCUGCCACCAAGAAGCUGUCUUUGCUGGCCAGAGUUAUCCUAUAAGUAUUAGACAGAUCAGAGAUGAGAACAGACACCCCAAGAAAGUUUUGGCCUUUAGGGACCAACUAUCAGAUCAGCAGUAUCCCUCCUCUGUGUCCUGCAGGGAACCUGUGCCCCGUCCAAACCCCACCUACAGGGGUCAAGCCAGCCAGGGGCUUCUGGCUGCUCUCACCACUGAACGCACUGUGUUCAGAGAUCCAUCUCUGCUAUGUCAACAGAAAAUGCUUCUCCAGAAUUUCCAGAAAGGAAAAUUUCCCACCCCCAAAUAAUUUCUUCCUUGUAGAGUAUGUUGAUUCUCCCCAAUAAAUGAUUCUCUAAUAACAAUGAAGUCUUUUCUGUGUACUGUGUUGGGGGCAUGGGUUUUGGGUAACUCAGGGCUUAUGCUUAGAGAAAGGAAGGAGGUAGUUCAGCUCUUUCUGGUUGCUUCCUUUGGUUUCUAAAGGGCACCAGUCCCCUGGAGCUCUUAUUGACAGAGAUAUGAUGUGCCCCCCCAAAGCCCAUUUCCUUCCUGAUGAAAUCUGAGGAUUGGGCUGUCUCUUGCCUCUCAGCUUAGCCUUAACGAAAAUGUAGAGUAUCCCACACCUUCCCCUCACUGAAUGAUUUAUAACCUUUAGAGCAGUAGGAAAGACAGGUCUUCUAUAUCUGAAGAGGCUCAAGGACAUGUAUCCACUUCAGAAAAUAACAGUAAAGAAGAAACAGUGGCUUCAUCAUGAUUUAGAAGUCAGUGGCCAGAGGACCCCACAGGUGAGUGAACCCUGAACAGGAGUGUUUGGGGGUUACUGCUGCAGUGGGUCCUGGGCUGGUGGGGGAGGGGCUAGGAGCAGCAUAGAUGCUGCUUAAGAAUCUGUCAUGCAGGUCAUGCUAACGUGUUGGCGAAACAUACUUUAGACUUGACAGUGAGGAUUCCCCACUGGAAAUGUACCUUGGGCAAGGGGUUCCCCGCCCUGGGUAUUUCUUCAGGCUGCCCAGUUGAUGACAUUUGGUUGUAGAGCAAAAGCAUCACUCAGCUGUCAGUGGUAGCAAUGUUGACCAGGCAGCCAUCUACCUCUCAGGGUAAAAAAAAUGCUGAGAGUAAGGAAAAGAUGCCUUAGAGUGAGUGGAAAGUUAAGAAAAAAUGAAGAGGGGAAAGAACGACCUUGCUGGUGGAACAAAGUUUUAUGCCUCAUCAUCCAUAUUGUGACCCUGUCCUGCUCCCCCCGUCCCCUCCUCAAUCUGAUCCAGGCAUCACCUACUUGAGGCUAAUCUGAGCACUGCACAGCAUACUGCUGCCUUAUUCCAAAAAGGCUCAGGGCUGUUCUUUGAGCACUAAAACAAUAUCUGCAAGGAUGUCAUCAGGCAUGGCAUCCCCUCUUUAGGGAAGGUGAUCUUGGUGCCUUCCUUCCAUCCAUGCUUGAAGGAAAUACACAACAUGUUGCCCUUAGUGUGUAAAGUUCACGUUCAGGAUGGAGGAGCCUCCUUUGAUAUUCAUGGCCUUGGUGGAGCCAUGGUAGGUCUCCCCCAGAACACCUGCAGCUCAUGAACCAGAGGUGAGUCCCAGACUAUGCCCAGGUUACAGAUGUUUGGGAGCUCACCAUGGACCUCCACAAAAUGCUCUUUUCAGCCAAGACUGCACACAUACCCACCUUUACAAUAGGGGUCUGGAGGGAAAACAACUCCACUUGUACAGACUGGGACUCAACAAUGGGGUAAAAAUGUCCUAGACGGCACUUGAGAUAAUUUUCCCUGAAAGACUUGCGAAUGCUGGGUGUUAAAACAAAAAAUAAAAACAAAACCAAUGUGUACUACAGCCCCCUCUCACUCCCAUACUUGUAUUUCCUUGUCCGGAGUUAUGCCAUUGACCCUCUAAUGCCUGAAGCUUAGGGUCAAAGAAAGAAUGCAGAUCCUGUGGAGGCCCUUGAGAGAGACAAAAAGUGGGAUGGUGCCCAACGCAGGGAACUUGAAGAGGUGAGGAGGCGGUGGAGGGCUCGAACAUCCAUGUGGAUGGACCAGCCAAUAGCCCAGCCCCUCAGAUCCUACAUCAUCUCAUCUUAGGCUCCUUUACUUUCAUUCCAGGGCAGUUACUGCCACCCUCCAGAGCUUAUCGCCAGGAACACUUCCACCACCUGGAUUAAUACAGUCUGACAUUCCACCCGUUGACCUCGUCUCCUGAUUCCUCCAGUUUAUAAGCCCCUUGUUAAUUUUUCAACUCCAGGCCAUUCAUUUUUCCACUUACUCCUCAUCAAUCCAGCCAGAUCCUGUCUUUAUUUCCUCCCUCUCCAAGGCAGAUUUGAUGGUCUAUCAGGUAACCAACACUUAAAAAGCUCCACUACAAAUGGGCCCCAUACAAUCCCUUUUAAUCUUUCCUGUUUGGCAAAGUCCAAUCUCUCUGCCUUUUCCAGAAACGCCUUCCUACAACUGACCCCUAUAUGAUUAAAUCUCGCAAUCAAAUCCACUGGUGCCAUGAUAAAUUCAGCCCCAGCACUAACUGGAAAACAUUUGCUCAUUCCACAAAUAAUUAUCCCAUGCCUACUAACGUGAACAAAACAAAUGCAGCACAGGUCACUGUUUCCUUAGUUCCUUCUCCCUCUGAUGCAACUCAACUUUGUUUCAAAUCUCCUGCACUUUCCUCAAACUUAAGCCGUGUCCACGAGCUCAGUAGAUGUACUGGACCACCGUUCACAGAGGAGCUAGAAGCCAUGAGACAGGAACCUUUCAUCAAAUAACCUUCACAAAAACCCUUUCCCAUUCCUCCUUUCCUUCUUUCCCGUUACAUGAAAAGAGGUUUCCUUCCUAACCUCAAUGAUUACACUGCCUGAAAUGUCCUUAUUGAGAGAGCUAAACCCUCAUCUUGAUGGACUGAGCCCCCUUGCCAGGUAUCCUCUCGGCCCCUCCCCCCUCUCCUUAUGAGGCACCUAACUUUUACUGUUUUAAGCUUCCUAUUACAGAAAUGUUUAAACAUGCAUGAGAGCAGUGUGACUUCCCAUGUACCCCUCACCCGCUUUCACAGUUGUCGUCUGGCACGUGUGAUAUGGCCCAUCUCCUACACUAUGGUUAAAGGGCAAAAGCCCAUCAGAACAUCCUGCCAUCCGUCUCUUAGACGUAUACUUUGUGCCCGUGUCACAGCUCUCAUAUUUCUUUGAUUUUUACAACUGUGGAGCACACUGACCCACAAGAGAUGGACACAGCCAUGUGGACCAAAAGCACUGAGCUUUAGAGGCUUUGGUCAUCAGUUCUGCUCUGCCCUGUAGUCAAGCCUGAGGAGUUACCCAAGUGAACUCCUCCCUCAACCCCACACAGAAAGGAAUCUUCCUGAGCAAACGCAGUGCACGGUGUUGCAGUCCCUUAAUCACAGUGACUACAGCAUGCAGAGAGUACAGAAGUAGCUGUACUUGUGAUAAGGACUUGACAUCACUACAUAAGUGUUUUCAAAUAUUUAGAAGAAAAUUUUUUCUUGUAUUUAAAAUGAGCUAUUGUGUUUUGAGUUAAACACAGUAGAUCAAACAUAUUGUUUAUCUCCUUUCCUUCCCAAAAUGCCAUUAAAAGAUUAGAUGAAAAGAUGCUCAACAUCAUUAGUCAUCAGGGAAAUGCAAAUCAAAACCACUAUGAGGGGCUGGCCCU